AUGAAAAAGGCCUCUGACGUCCAAGGAAAUAGAAACACAAUUUCCCCCAAUCCCCGGAGUAAGGAUGGAGAGACCAUCAAAACUGAACAAAGGACGAGAUCAAACCAUAAGAGGAUUUGGUUUCACAAUGCAGAUCAUAAAGGCAAACCCCCGAUCACCACACUACUGCAGAAGUCGUCUAAAUUGUAUGGGAGUAAGGCUUUUAUGUUCAUCUAUAAAGCGUAACAUUAGGAAAUGACUCGAACCCCACGACCUGGUUCGAAAACAGUUUCAGUUCAUUCUGGAUUUCAACAAGUGCAAGUCCUAUUUUUAGAAAUGACCUAUCAAAAGACCCUGGAGCAAAUGGAUGACGAGGAAAUGCACACCGCCGUAUCAACAAUCUUUCAUGCAAGCAAUAACUUCAGGAGAUCUCGAGAACAGAACAGUGCAUUGUUGUUGUCUUGGUAGGUAUGAAUAACAUUUUCUAUGAUUUAUACUCAACUUUUACGACCAUUUACAGAGGCGUAUCUUGGGGGAGAAGGGGAGGGGGUACUCCUACAGGUUGGUAGUUAAGAGAGAACCAAGGUGUGUUUCACAAAAAACAGCCGCCCCCCAGAAUCUUGGAUUAGAAAAGACACGCCCCUGAUCUUUUAGAAAAUUGAUGCAUCCUAUUUCAGGCUAGAUACAAUCCACGUGAACCCAAAGACACACAGAUUCCUUUUCGUUCGAGACGAACGAAAUGACGUUUGGCUUCUAAAUCGCCGCCAAAAAGAUUGUGAAUGUUGUACAAAGACAGACACCCAAAACAUCAAGAUACCUACAGCGCUAGAAACGCCAUCCAUAAAGUUUAAGAAAGGAAAAACAGCUAAACAAGUGCAGGUAAUCACAGUACAACCGUUACCUUCAACUUUGGAUCGUUCUUCUCCAAACCCUGGAAGACAAAAGGAGCGCAAAAAAGAAUCAAAUUGUUGUCGUGAUUGUUGUUCCGAAUGUGCCAACAUAUGUAGUAAUAUCCUCUCUGGCUGA